AUGCUGGAAGAAAAUGGGCAAAAGCUAAAAGUCGUAUCAACUGUGCCACCAGUUGAAGUAAAGGAGGAUAAGGUGACCAUGCUCAAAUGCGUUAUUCUUCUCACCCUACUCAGUGUUGGAGUGAGAGGGCUUGGAGGUGGCCCGGUUUUUGUGGAAACAAACGAGAUCUUGCUGGAAGAAAAACCAAAAUUUAACUAUGAGCCUGACAAGAGAGUUCUCCCAUCAAACUACUGCUCCUACCGACAGUGCCCGAGUUUCACAAAGUUCAGCUGGAGCAAGUGCGACUGUAUUCCUUGCUUCCAGCAGUCAUGUCCCCUGGGCCAGAGUCCAGACCCCUUUUCUUGCCGUUGUAGUCCCGCGUGUGGAAAUCUGAACUGUCCCGUCAACCAGAGGGCAAACCCUCUGACAUGUCGCUGCGAGUCGGCCUGUGGGAACGUUCGUUGUGGAGGAGGACUUAUACUGAACGAGGACACCUGUACCUGUGAGUCUCCCUGUGCAAACGGCCAGUGCAGUGCAUUCCAGUUGAGUUGUGGUAAUGUACGCUGUAGCCCACAGCAACAGUUGAAUGAACAGACCUGCCGCUGCGAAUGCCGCUCGCAAGUUUCCUGCCAAAUUGGAGAGUUUUUCAACCCACUGUUCUGCCAGUGUGAGUCCGUGUGUGGCAACAUCUUAUGCUCUGCUCCCCAAGUUUUGAACAACCUCAACUGUCGCUGCGAGUGCCCAAUCAGCCGACUCUGUGGAGCAAAUGAACAGUUCAACCCACGCACAUGUCAGUGUGAGUCUCAAUGUGGAAACAUCCGGUGCAGUGUCUCUCAGGUUCUCAAUCCACUCAACUGUCGCUGUGAGUGCCCAAUCCGCCUACCCUGUGGAGCAAACGAACAGUUCAACCCACGCACAUGUCAGUGUGAGUCUCAAUGUGGAAACAUCCAGUGCAGUGUCCCUCAGGUUCUCAAUCCACUCAACUGUCGCUGUGAGUGUCCAGCUGAUUUACUGUGUGGGCCAAACGAACCGGUCAACCCUCGCACUUGUUCUUGUGAAUCUCAAUGUGGCAAUGUCCAAUGCACUUUUCCUCGUGCCCUCGAUAGUGAAAACUGUCGCUGCGAGUGUCCAGUUCAACUACCAUGCAGAAUAAAUGAGUCCUUCAAUCCUAGUACUUGCCAGUGCGAGUCGACCUGCGGAAACACCCAGUGUUCCUUUCCACAGCAGUUGAAUCGACAGACAUGUGCCUGUGAGUGCCCAUUCACCAUAACAUGUAGCCUCGGACAGACUUUUAAUGACCGCUCCUGCCAGUGCGAGUCAAACUGCAGGAACGUUCAAUGUCCCUUCCCGCAGAGACUCAACUUUGCCACCUGCGAGUGUGAGUGCAGCAGUCGACAGGCAUGCACAUUCCCACAAGAGUUCAGCCAGAGAAACUGCAGGUGCGAGUGCCCAACAGUAGCUAGCUGCUCCUUCCCCCAACUGUUUGACUUCCAGUCAUGCGAGUGUAGGUGUCCGGGUAGCACAUCCUGCAAUGCCGGCUCCGUCUUUAACUUUGGCACCUGCCAAUGUCAGACAAUAACAAUACAGCCACCACCGACCGUACCCUCUGCACCAAGCAUACAAUUUCCUCCGCCUUGCAGACUCACUGAGGCAAGCUGCAACAGUCAACAGAUCCUCAACACAAGGUCGUGCACCUGCGACUGCUUCGCUUUCUCCCUCGCGAUCCCCGGGAGGCAGGGGUUUGCAGGCGUCCCAGCUGUGGCUCCCCAGACCUUCCCACCACAGGUUGGUGUGGCUGGAGGUGGUUUCGGUGUGGGUUUGGUGAGAGUAACGGGGACCAGGGGGACUAAACGCAAGGGGACACGACGCUCCACACGUCGACGUGGCAAGAGGGCAACAGACGAACUGGACGCGACCGAUGCAAUGUUAGAAGAAGACAUCCGUGAAGAUGACGAGAUCAACGACGCCGCUGGAGAUAUGGACGCCAGCAAGAUGUGGGACACAGAUGAACCAGAUAUGACUGCCAGAGUGGUGAAAGAAGACAGGGAUGUAGACGACAAGGAGAUCAAGACUCGGGAAAGAAGGCAGUUCUUUUUCAGCACUCGAGGAACCCGCAGGACCCGCUGCACGGGAAGACGUCGGACAAGAAGCCGCUGUUUUGGAGUAGCUCUACCUCUACCCCAACAACUACUACUCCAAGGCCCAGCUGUGUUUCCUGGAAUGCGGGGUGUUGCUGGACAAGCCUCAAUACCCCCUGCAACCACACUCGUUACCCAGUGUCCUGUUGGAACAACAGCAGAUAUCUUCUCCUGUACCUGCAUCUGAAAGUACUUUUAGUAGUGUGUAAAGGAUAUAUACCCAAUAAUGUAGUCAUAUUAAGUUGGAAAUGUUG